UGUUGCUGACGAGACGCUGAUGAACCAAUUCACAGCAUCGCCACAGUACUGUGGAAAUUAUAUGUCCAAUCUGUAGUGUAACAAGGCCAAGGGUGCCAUGGUUCUAGGAAUGAGACUGGAAAUGGAAGACUGUGAGGACACCUCUUUGGGAUGCUCAUAACGUCGAGGUGUUGUAUAGCUUCUGAGUAGCCUAGCUACAUAGUUAGGAAACACAAGGACCAUGCCUAUAUCAGACUUCGUGGAUGCCUUGAAGGACAACCCUUACUUUGGAGCUGGCUUUGGACUGGUGGGGGUGGGCUCGGCCAUUGCUGUGGCCAGGAAAUCAGCUCAAUUUGGGAUGAUCUUCUUCCGGAGGAACUACAUGAUCACCCUGGAGGUGCCCAGUCGGGACAAGAGCUACCACUGGCUGCUGAGCUGGAUCACCAAGCACGCCAAGCACACGCAGCACCUGAGUGUGGAGACCUCUUACAUGCAGCACGAGAGUGGACGGGUACACACACAGUUUGACUUCCACCCCAGUCCUGGCAACCACAUAAUCUGGUAUGGGAGGAAGUGGAUCCGAGUGGAGAGGACCAGAGAGAAACAGAUGGUGGAUCUCCACACAGGCACACCCUGGGAGUCGGUCACUUUCACCGCCAUGGGCAGAAACAGAGACGUCUUCUUCAACAUCCUGCAAGAAGCCAGGGAGUUGGCCCUGAAGCAGGAGGAGGGUCGGACGGUGAUGUACACGGCCCUGGGCUCCGAGUGGAGGCCCUUUGGGUUCCCGCGGCGACGACGGCCCCUCAGCUCAGUGGUCUUGGAACAGGGCUUGGCCGAUAGGAUUGUAGAUGAUGUCAAGGAGUUCAUCGGAAACCCCAAGUGGUACACAGACCGAGGGAUCCCCUACAGGAGAGGUUAUCUGCUGUAUGGACCUCCAGGCUGUGGGAAAAGCAGCUUCAUCACUGCCCUGGCUGGAGAGCUGGGCUACAGCAUCUGCCUGAUGAGUCUGAGCGACCGCAGCCUGUCUGACGACCGCCUCAACCACCUGCUGAGUGUGGCGCCGCAGCAGAGUAUCAUCCUACUGGAGGACGUGGACGCCGCCUUCGUCAGCCGAGAGCUGCUGCCCAUCGAGAGCCCUCUGGCCUACCAGGGCAUGGGCAGGCUGACCUUCAGUGGCCUCCUCAACGCUUUGGAUGGAGUGGCCUCGUCAGAGGCCAGAAUAGUCUUCAUGACCACCAACUUCAUAGACAGGUUGGACCCAGCUCUGAUCAGGCCGGGCCGUGUGGACUUGAAACAAUAUGUGGGCCACUGCACCCACUGGCAGCUCACCCAGAUGUUCCGACGCUUCUACCCAGCCGAGCCGGCCACAGAGGGGGACCGCUUUGCGGAGAGCGCGCUGGCCGCCAACACCAACAUCAGUGCUGCCCAGGUGCAGGGGCACUUCAUGCUGUUCAAAAUGGACCCAACAGGCUCCAUAGACAACGUGGCCAAGAUGAAGGAGUGAGGAGACUUAAAGGACUCUGGGAAAGAAGGUCACAGAAGCAGUCGCCAUUUGACACGAAAGGAGAAGUUAAAUGGACUCUGUUUGAGAUGGAAAAUGCUGUAACUUGUCAAACUUGUGAUGUGCUUUUUAUGGCAAAGUCACAUACUGAAUAAAAGUGAGUGAGUGUAAAUUAAAACAUGUUUUAAAUCAAAUCGAAGGCACACGAGUAAGUGGGUACUAUUGACGUGGUAUUUACAGUAUGUAGAGAUUCAGAGUGAAAGGGGGGUGGCAUGUAUUACCCUCUCCGAAUUCUAAGAUAAUUCGAUGGCAAAUCUGGCUGAGAAGCCAUCCAGUUCACAGAACCACACUUCUAUAACGAGUCUCGAACUCCCUCCUACCGGGACAUGCUGCUGUGCAAAUCAAACACAUUUCUCAAAUCCACUCUGCAUUUGAUUGCAUAUUGGCAUAAGUCUACCUUCACCUAGGUAGCCUUUCUCAUUGGUUGAUUUGAGAAGUCUCUGUGACAAUCUGUUUUUGGCAACUGCUUAAGUAUUGAUGUCCCUAGCUUAUACAAUGUUAUUGAUUUGAGGUUGGUUGGUACCUGUAUUACUGAGCUUUGAGAUUGGUAGAAAACUAAGUACUGCAAUAUUACGAUAUAAUUACUGUAGAAACUAAUCCAGUAAUUAUAUAAUGCAAUAUUGUGCUAACAGUCAUUGCUCGUAACUAACAAACUCUUAACUGGUCUAAGAUGUAAAGUUAAGCCCCUCUACUUCCUCUAUGUAAGAGUAAGCUCCACAGAAAGAUAAGUUGAGUAGAGAUAAAAUGAUAAUACGUAUGACGUUUUUUCUGUAUUCUUUGCUCUGUGUCUUACGCAACCUAGCUGACUUUAUUUAGGAAGUGGAGGAGGUCUACAGUAUAUAUAUAUAUAUAUAUAUAUAUAUAUAUAUAUAUAUAUAUAUACAGUAGUUUACAUAGGGGUCACACUGUAAGGACAGAAUGGAGAUAGGGUCGCUGUGUGCUCCUCUGUAAGUGUAUGUGCCAAUCAUUUGUGUUUAUCACUAUUGUAUUUUUCUCCUUGAUUUACAACAUAAUUGUAUACCUUUGGGGUUUUAUUUUAGAUUAGUGGUUGUGUCAUGUAAUGACAUUUCUUUGUGUUUUAGUACUAAUUACUCUAUAUUCACCUACUCUGGAUACAGGCAAGAUGAACGAUUUUUACCCCCAGCAAUUACCCAGGGGGCUAAGCUGGUUUCCCAAUGGGAUGUUCUGUAGUAAAGUCAGAUUCUCCAUCCCUUUAUGUCUCCGGUUUAUGGGGUGGCAGGUAGCCUAGCGGUUAGAGAGCGGGCCAGCAACCGGAGGGUUGCUAGUUUGAAUCCUGGUUCCGAUGGGGAAAAUCUUGCUGGAGGUGAGCUUGCAACCGGAGGGUUGCUCGUAUCAAGUCCUAGAUGCCAUUGCCUGCCAUUGUGCCAUUGACAAAGGUAAUGAACUCCCCACAACAACAGCUCGUGUGGCUGCCCCCAGCACCUCUCCAAAACCUGUAUGUGUAUCUUUCAGAGGGAUUGGGUUAAAAGCGGAUGUAAUUUCGGUUGGACCUAUGUGCAAUUGACCAAAAAACUGACCUUGAUCUUCUAUCCAUCCAUCUGAUGUCUUGUCAUAUUUCAGUUUCACACUAUUAAUUGAAUUCUGUUGUAAUGAUAUCUUUUUUCUCUCAAAUAAGUUAUGUUUUGCCAGAGAGACUUGUGGCUGCUCUAACCCUGCAGCCAAACUGGAGAGACUGUCAUUUUUUUUACUCAAAAGAGAGACUGUCAUUUUUAGAUGUGACAGAAGAUGGAGGAGCCACUGACUGGGACUAUAAAUGGAGAUUGAAUGAUACGUCAGUGAAUUCCAAUACAGAUCAUGAAUACAGAA